GAAGCCUUUAGGCCCCGAAGCCCCAGCUCCUGGGAGUCGCACCUUCGACUCCUGCAGGGACCCAGGCGGCCGCGGGCCGAGCGCCCGUCCCCCUCCAGCGAGCGCAGCUCUGCCGGCGGCGUUGCCUGCCGAGCUUGACCUUCGGUCAGUAGCCAUCGGGUGGGACGGCCGCACAAGGGAAAAGCAUCGUCUUCGAGCCUCUUCUCUGUCUCCAGUGCAGACGGCGCUGCCCACAGCGCGGGCCGCGUGCUCCCGCCUCCCGCUCUCCCCAUGCACCUGCCCGGCUGCGCCCCAGCCAUGGCCGACGGCAGCUUCUCGCUCGCCGGCCACCUGCUCCGCAGCCCGGGCGGGGGCACCUCGCGGCUGCACAGCAUCGAGGCCAUCCUGGGGUUUACCAAGGACGACGGGAUCCUCGGCUCCUUCGCAGCGGAGCCGGGCGCCGGGGGCACCAAGGAGCGAGACCAGAGGCCGGGCGCGAGGGCCGCCUGCCCAAAGGCGCCCGCGGGGGGCGCCCCGCCCUGCCCACCGCCCGCCCCGGAGUACGAAGGCUCCCGCCCCUACUGCCCCAAGGAGUCCGGGGAGGCGCGGCCGAGCCCAGGGCUGCCCGUCGGACCCGCGGGCGACGCGAACCUGUCGGAGGAGGAGCCGCCGAAAAAGAAGCACCGGAGGAACCGCACCACCUUCACCACGUACCAGCUGCACGAGCUGGAGCGAGCGUUCGAGAAGUCUCAUUACCCCGACGUGUACAGCCGCGAGGAGCUGGCGGGCAAGGUCAACCUCCCCGAGGUCCGGGUCCAGGUGUGGUUCCAGAACCGACGGGCCAAGUGGCGCCGGCAGGAGAAGCUGGAGGUGUCGUCCAUGAAGCUGCAGGACUCGCCCCUCCUCUCCUUUAGCCGCUCCCCGCCCUCGGCGGCUCUGGCGCCCCUCGGGGCGGGCUCCGGCGGCGGCGGCGGUGGCGGCGGGGGGCCGGCGGGGGGCGCCCUGCCGUUGGAGUCGUGGCUCGGGCCGCCGCUGCCGGGUGGGGGCGCCACGGCGCUGCAGAGCCUGCCGGGCUUCGGGCCGCCGGCGCAAAGCCUGCCCGCCAGCUACACGCCGCCGCCGCCGCCGCCCUUCCUGAACUCUCAGCCGCUGGGCCCCAGCCUGCAGCCUCUGGCGCCGCCGCCGCCCGCCUACCCCUGCGGGCAGGGCUUCGGGGACAAGUUCCCGCUGGACGAGGCGGACCCGCGCAACAGCAGCAUCGCGGCGCUGCGCCUGAAGGCCAAGGAGCACAUCCAGGCCAUCGCGAAGCCGUGGCAGGCGCUCUAGGGGCGCGGGGACCAAACCGGGCGCCAGGAAACCCUCCAGGAGCCGAAAGCCUGCACCCCUUCCCCCUGGUCCCCCGACGGCCACUCCUUCCCCAUGCAGCCUGAAGCUGCAGCCGGCUUGGGGCUUGGGUGCGCGUCUGUUCCAGACUCAGUACGGAGGACUGACCCUCAGGCCGACGGAGGCCCCUUAGCCACCCCAAACCCCAGAGACCCCGCCAGCCUCGAUGCUGGAGGGGGAGAAGCGAGCGGCCCGGCCUUGUCCGAGGGACCCAAAGCGCUUGACCUCGGCGGGUCCCUGGCGGCGUGGCAACCCCAGAUAAUGCAACUGGGAGGGAUGGGGGGGGGGGGGGGAAGAAGGGGAGAAAUAUAGUUUGAAGAAUUGUUUGUAUAAAUAGUUGCAAAGUACUUG